AUGCGCGAAACAAGGGAAGGAGACGCCUGCGGUGUCGCAAGUAAGGGCCGACGACACCUGCGGCUGCUGUCCAAGGGCAGGAACCCGAUCUUGAGGCCGGCGCCGACGAGGACGCCCGACGCGGGCGGGCACGGGGAGGAGGCGGCCGCUUGUCAGGAAGGGAGCACGCGCGACGAGGGCCGACGGACUGGAAGGGAGGAGGUGCUCCCGGCUUCCUGCAGCGCCUCCGCAAUCACCAAUCACCACCACUUCUCCGCCAACUCCGGCGACAUCCGCUCCGGCAAGCGAGCGAUGCCUUCCUCGCGCGGCCGCCGAAACCGGCGCCGGGCGGGCCACCCGCCGCGUGACUGGACGGCAGUGCCGCCGGGCGCGCUGUCGGGCAUCCUCGGCAAGCUCGACCACGUCGAGAUCCUCAGGGGCGCCGCCCGGGUGUGCCGCUCCUGGCGCCGCAUCAACAUGCUGUUCCACGCCGAGCUCUCCUUCGAGUGUCACCUCCACGCGCUGGCGCGGAACGCCUUCCAGCGCAGCGCGGGGCUGUGCGAGGCGUCCUACGGCGAGUACACCGGCGACGACCGCCUCAUCCUCUUCCUCGCCGAAAGGGCGCCCUUGCUGAAGAGGCUUCGCUUCAUAUCCUACUAUGAUGUCUGUCAGGAAGCAUUCAUGGAGGCGAUAAGAAAGUUCCCUCUGCUCGAGGAGCUGGAGCUUUCGAUCAGCCCGAACGUCUAUGGGGAGGCCUUUGCCGUCGCCGGCGAAUCAUGCCCGAACCUGAAGCGUUUCAGACUGAGCAGAAAGGUCUUCGUCGACAUCGAAGGUGGUGAUACUGACAAGGACGAGGAAGCCAUGGGGAUCGCAAAGGUGCGCGAACUGCGCUCCCUCCAGCUGUUCAACUGCGAGCUCACCAACGCAGGGAUGGCUGCUAUCCUUCAUGGCUGCCCCAACCUGGAGUCCCUUGACAUUCGGCAGUGCUUCAAUGUUAAGAUGGAUCGCGCCACCAUUACAUCCAGGUGUCCCAGGAUCAAGACGUUGAAGCUCCCCCAUGACUCCACUGCUGGCUACGAGUUUCUGGUCCAUCCACCCAAAUACAUCGUCCGACGGGAAUGGCUGUAA